AUGGCAAGAUAUUACAAAUGUGUAGUACUACUUUUGGUGUUGAUUAUAAUUUCACAAUCAUGCUUGUGUGCAAAUUCAAAUGUCCCUUGCAUAGAAAAAGAGAGACAAGCCCUUGUUGAUUUCAAAGCAUCCAUUUCACAAGACUCAUCAAACAGGCUUACCUCAUGGAAAGGUACUUACUGUUGCCAAUGGGAAGGCAUUGGCUGUGACAAUGGCACUGGACAUGUUGUCAAACUUGAUCUCAGAAAUUCUUGUUACUCGCCAUAUCGGCAGCGACGAGAACCUUAUCUCUACGUUCAAUACAAUUUGUAUGGUGAAAUGGCCUGUAUGUCGGUACAAUCUCCAAAUGUCAGCUCGUCUUUGCUACAAUUGGAACACUUGACUUAUUUGGACUUGACUGGAAAUGAUUUCAGUGGAAGUUCAAUUCCUAUGUUCAUUGGUUCCAUGGGACGCCUUGAGCAUCUCUCUCUCUCAGACGCUGGUUUUAGCGGAAACAUUCCCAUCAGUCUCGGAAAUCUUAAAAGCCUACAAUUUCUUGACCUGAGCUCCAAUUACGAUUUUAGCUCCUUAUUAUAA